AACCAAAGAGACCCCUCGUUACUCCUCACACAGCUCGAGCUUUAAGCCGGAUCUUUCCCCUAACAUCACUGCAGAGGACGUUGUUGCUCAAGCCUAAAGACAGCUUUAACCAAACAGGAGGAUCAGUAGGACAGUCACCAGCACCUUCACUGGUCUUCCUUAUAUCCAGUGGGUCACAGCUAUGACACAAAGCAAUGGCGAAAACCCUCAGCGGAACCAGAGUGGUCUUCACCAGAUCCGAGCUGGCAUCCAAAACCGAUCCCUUCAAGCCAAGAAGAGAGUGGAAAACAUCACGAAGCGCGACAUGAAGAGGUUCUUCUUCAAAAAUGCUUUUGUCAUUCUAACCGUAGCUGCUGUCAUCACAGGUAUAAUCCUGGGUUUCGCUGUGCGUCCAUAUAAAAUGUCUUACCGUGAAGUGAAGUACUUCUCUUUCCCUGGAGAGCUGCUGAUGAGAAUGCUUCAGAUGCUGGUGCUGCCGCUGCUGGUCUCCAGUCUUAUCACAGGUAUUGCUGCUCUGGACAGUCGUGCCUCUGGUAAAAUGGGAAUGAGGGCGGUGGUCUACUACACCACCACAACCGUCAUUGCUGUUUUCAUCGGGAUUGUCAUGGUGCUCAUUAUUCACCCCGGGAAAGGAUCAAAGGACGAGUUCACCAAGCAUCAGCAGAUAGAGCAGGUCAGCGCUGCUGAUGCCUUUCUGGACCUAAUCAGAAACAUGUUUCCUCCUAACCUCAUUGAAGCUUGCACCAAACAGUUCAAGACGCAUUAUGCAACGAGAAUAAUUCAAGUGACCGUUACGGUGAAUGACACAAUAUUGCUGCAGAAUGGAACUCAACAAAUAGACAAGGAGGAGAUGAUCCCUGUGCCGGGGGCAGUAAACGGCAUCAACGCACUGGGUUUGGUGGUGUUCUCCAUCUGUUUUGGUCUGAUCAUUGGAAGCAUGAGAGAACAGGGAAAACCCCUCAAAGACUUCUUUGACUGCCUUAAUGAAGCCAUCAUGAGGCUGGUUGCCAUAAUAAUGUGGUAUGCCCCCAUUGGUAUCUUGUUUCUGAUCGCUGGUAAAAUUGUAGAAAUGGACGAUAUCUCAACUAUGGGAGGCCAACUAGGAAUGUACACAGUGACGGUUAUUUGUGGCCUGCUCAUCCACGCCAUCAUAGUCCUGCCAACACUUUACUUCGUCAUCACCAGAAAGAACCCAUUCGUAUUCAUCGGAGGGCUGCUGCAGGCACUCAUAACUGCCCUUGGUACUUCUUCUAGUUCUGCCACGUUGCCCAUCACCUUUAAAUGCCUGGAGGAGAACAACAACGUGGACAAGCGUGUGACCCGUUUCGUGCUUCCUGUUGGUGCCACCAUAAACAUGGAUGGCACCGCUUUAUAUGAAGCUCUGGCAGCCAUCUUUAUUGCCCAGGUCAACGCUUAUGACCUCAAUUUUGGACAGAUUCUCACCAUCAGUAUUACAGCCACAGCAGCGAGUAUCGGAGCAGCUGGAAUACCUCAAGCUGGACUCGUCACCAUGGUGAUUGUACUAACAUCUGUUGGGCUUCCCACUGAUGACAUCACCCUGAUCAUUGCUGUUGACUGGUUCCUGGAUCGGUUGCGCACCACCACCAACGUCCUCGGUGACUCCAUCGGAGCUGGUAUAGUGGAACAUCUGUCUCGCCACGAGUUGCUAAAGAAGGACCCAGAGGUGGGCAACUCUGUGGCGGUGGAGGAAGCAGACAAGAGGCCGUACCAGCUCAUUUCCCAGGAGAACGAGUACGAAAACGAGAGGCCCGCGGACAGCGAAACCAAGAUGUAAGGGGCGAGAUUUGUCGGGUGUAUUCCUGUGGGAAGAUCACUGCACCGACAAAGACAGACAUCCUCUGUUAAGCCUGGUUUCAAAUCCCACAAAACUGGAGGAUUUAAAUGAAAUGAAAAAUACUGCUAGAACGUAUCUCAGCCAUAUGAGUCCCCCCCUUCCACCCCUACCCCCCCGGCCUUCCACAAUGCAGACUUAAUACAGUCUGUGGUUGAACUGCUUUUUAAGGGUUUAUGCUGUGAUGCUUCCUGAGAUGCAUAGCUGCCAUAUGGGGGGUGGCAGGGGGGUUGGGGGGAGGGGG